CUCUGAAUCUCCCCUCGACGCGCUAAUCCUCCUCACCCUCGUCCUCUGCCGAAGAUCCGCGUCUAAAACGCGUCCUAUAUCAGAUUCUAAAAACUCCCGUUGAUAAACUUGUCAUCAUGUCUGGAGAGCCGAGCACCGGAACCACCGGCGACGCUGCCAACCGCCCCUUGACCUUCUUUGAUAUCUCCAUCGGCGACAAGGAAGUCGGCCGUAUCAUCUUCUCUAUCUACAACGAUCUCGUCCCCAAGACCGCUGAGAACUUCCGGGCACUAUGCACGGGCGAGAAGGGCACCGGAAAGUCAGGAAGGCCUCUGCAUUACAAGGGCUCGGGAUUCCAUCGCGUCAUCAAAGGGUUCAUGUGCCAGGGAGGUGAUUUCACCGCAGGCAAUGGGACUGGGGGCGAGUCGAUCUACGGCGAGAAGUUCGAGGAUGAAGCCUUCCUCGUGAACCACACGCGUCCAUUCCUUCUCUCCAUGGCGCCGCUUAACCAGGCAAACGCAGGCAAGGACACCAACGGCUCCCAGUUCUUCAUCACUGUUUCCCAGACGCCGCACCUCGACGGCAAACACGUCGUCUUCGGCGAAGUCGUCCGUGGCAAGUCCGUCGUCCGCGCUAUGGAGAACUUCCCCACCUCGGCCAGCGACGUGCCCACGUUCCCGAUCACGAUUACCGACUGUGGCCAGCUGAGCCCGGACGACCCGUCCCUCGCGAUCCCUUCCGCCAGCGUGGGAGCCGAAGACCCAUACGAGGACUACCCGGAGGACGACGAUCGCGACGUGCAGGACCCCCAGGUCGCGCUUAAGGUUGCGCAGGACGUGCGGGAAGUUGGGAACAAGCUGUUCAAGGAGGGAAAUGCGGAGGAGGCUCUCCAGAAGUACCUCAAAUCGGUGCGCUAUCUUGACGUGCACCCGGUCAUGCCGGACGAGUCGGGGCCUGAGCUGAAGGCAUCGUUCGACGCGCUUCUGACGCCGCUCUUGCUCAACUCGGCUCUGGCUGCACUGCGCGCCCAGCCACCAUCAGCCUCAAACGCACGUGUCGCCGUCGACAGCACGACGCGUGCGCUGAGAAUUCAGCUGAGCAAUGCUGACAAAGCCAAAGCACUGUACCGCCGCGGCCUCGCACACUCGUCGCUCAAGGAAGAGAACGAGGCGGAGCGCGACCUCGUGGAGGCGAGCAAGCUCGUGCCCGAAGACCAGGCCAUCACGAACGAGCUUUCCAAGAUCCGGCAGCGGAGGAAGGAGAAGAAGGACAAGGAAAAGGCGGCGUACAAGAAGCUUUUUGCAUAAAUGGGUAAAUGGGGACGUGCAUGGAUUGUAGAUAGCAUACGGAACCGGAGUAGAAGACUAGUUGUAUAUUCAAGGGUACCAACAAGGGGAGGCUGGCCUUAGAGGCGGUCUCUGUAAAUGGUUUGAGAGUGCUCUACAUGUCGCUCGGGGUGAUCAAGGGUAUUUAAUCAGAUAUCCGUGUAUAUGCGUGAGGCGGUCCACGAUCAAGACUUCCAAAUACUCAGCUAAUGAA